AGCGGGAAGGCUCGCAAGUGUACGACGCCCAACGGCUAACGUCCACCCCAAUCCAAUUAGCCAGACCACCUCUGCUCUGCGCUGCGGGCGCCUCGGAUGGAAGCACUAGCUAUCGGAUCCGCGCCUCCCCGGCCGGGCCUCGCUGCCCUCGCAAGGUACUCCCACCUCCGCCGCCCCGGAACCGUCACCGGUACUCUAGUCACAGCUGCGCGCCGCCCCGUCACGGCGGCCUCCAUGGACGCCGCCGCCGGUGGCCGCCCGAGCCCCGCGCCUAUCCGCUGCACCAGCGCGGAGACGGACGCCGAGGUGGAGGUGGAUGAGGUCGCGACGAGCUCGCACGCCGCGGGGGCCACCACGGACACGGAGCAAGGGGGCAACGGGAGCCCCGUGGCGGGUGCCGCGGACUCCGCCGAGGUCGUCCCGGGCGUCGACGGGAUAAGGAUCCGGCGGCGGCCCGUCACGGGGCCCGCGGUGCACUACGUGGGCCCGUUCCAGUUCCGCCUCGAGAACGAGGGGAACACGCCGCGGAACAUCCUCGAGAAGAUCAUCUGGGACAAGGAUGUAGAGGUUUCGCAGAUGAAGGAGAGGAGGCCCCUGUACAUGCUGAAGGGCCCGCUUGAGGCUGCUCCCCCCGCUAGGGACUUUGUUGGGGCGCUCAAGGCGUCCUAUGAUCGAACUGGCUUGCCUGCUCUGAUCGCGGAGGUCAAGAAGGCUUCACCAAGCCGGGGUGUUAUCAGGGAGAAUUUUGAUCCGGUUCAGAUCGCUCAGGCAUACGAGAAAAACGGAGCAGCAUGCCUUAGUGUUCUUACAGACGAAAAAUACUUUCAGGGAAGUUUUAACAACUUGGAGGCUAUUCGCAAUGCUGGAGUCCAGUGCCCUCUUCUGUGCAAAGAGUUCAUUGUUGAUGCUUGGCAACUUUACUAUGCACGGUCCAAGGGUGCAGACGCUGUUCUUCUAAUUGCUGCUGUAUUACCUGACCGCGAUAUCAAAUAUAUGUUGAAAAUUUGCAAGAUACUUGGGAUGGCUGCUUUAGUUGAGGUCCAUGAUGAAAUGGAAAUGGACCGUGUUUUAGGGAUUGAUGGUGUACAGCUCAUCGGCAUCAAUAACCGUAAUCUUGAGACAUUUGAAGUUGAUAUUACAAACACAAAAAAGCUUCUGGAGGGUGAACGAGGACAAAUUAUAGCUCAAAAGGAUGUAAUUGUUGUAGGAGAAUCUGGGCUGUUCACUCCUGAUGAUAUUUCGUUUGUUCAAAAUGCUGGGGUCAAAGCGGUUCUCGUCGGGGAAUCCCUCAUCAAGCAGGAGGAUCCAGGGAAAGCAAUCGCUGGGCUUUUCGGCAAAGAUAUCUCGCACGCUGGUGCUACCUAAAGAGCAAAGGCGCAGAAGAGCAACCAGAAUAAGCGAGAAACGCAACUCCAGGUUGCAUCAUUUUGUGUAGGGGAGAAAAUGGAGCGGUGCAAAUCAGAAAUCCACCACCCUUCCGCAGAGUUUUGAUCGGUCGUUUUGUUUACCUGACCAGCAACUUCCCCAUGCUGCUGUUUCUUUGUGACCGAACCAUCUCAAAAUAAAUACAGAUUUUAGUGCACAAGAUAUGUUCAAUGAGUUGAAUGUAAAUUGCAAGCAGCUUGAUUUUUGCCUA